AAAAAGCACAAUUACAUUGUCGUCGUCUUGUCUGUAAGCGUGCACACCCAACAUCGCCAACCAAACAACGUUUGCCCGCCAUGUUGCGACAGGACUACAAUCGAAUCGAUCCCAAGCGACGCAAUGUCGUUGAUCACCGAAAGAAGCAGUUUGCUACUGCCCAGUUCAAGGAUGCCGACUACUCGUCACGCCUCAACUUUUACUCGGAGCCUCCUACGGCCGAUAUCACGCUCGAGCAGUUUGAGCAAUGGGCCAUUGACAGACUAAGAGUCCUCGCCGAACUCGAGGCAUGCUCGUUCCGCAACAAGACGCCCGCCGAAGCCGCCACGCACAUGAAGCCAAUCCUCGACAAGUAUCUGCCCAUGGACUCGAACAGCUCUGGCUCCUCCAAGCUCCAGGCCCAGCGCCGCAAGGACCACUACAGCCACUUUAUUCUGCGCCUUGCCUUUGCCCAGACCGAGGACCUGCGCCGCCGCUUCACGCGUGUCGAGACGAUGCUCUUCCGCAUGCGCUUCAACGCCGACGACCUUGCCGACCGCACACACUUUGUCUCUGGACUGGAUCUUGACUGGUGGGAGCCUGUGACUGAGCAGGAAAAGUCCGACUUUGCCGCUGAGCUGAAUGCCAUGACAUCUGGUCGCAAGGCUAGCCCUGAAGACAAGAACUGGUUCAAGGUGGACUGGAUGCGCGUCCCCGAGCUGGUUGAGCCUCGCCGUGUCUUUCUGCGCGGCGGCAAGGCUUUUGUGCCCGGCCGCGAACAGGCUACGAUGGUCGUUGCUGAGUUCACUACGCGUUUGGAAAAGGCACUGGAUAUGACAUCCAAGGCUCUGCCCCGCCUGGAUGAGGACGACCGUCUCACACCGAUCCUCAACCACUUGUCCAAGAACUUCAUCACACCUGACUCGUCAUACAUGUCAGAGUCGACAACGACCAACGCCAGCGUCACAGCCGGCAGCAUCGACAGCCUGUCACAGCACUUCCCUGCCUGCAUGUCGCACUUGCACCGCUCACUACGCCGCGACGCCCAUCUCAAGCACUACGGCCGUCUGCAGUACUCGCUGUUCCUCAAAGGCAUCGGGCUGAAUCUGGAAGAGGCGCUCAUGUUCUGGCGCGGCGCUUUCCACAAGGUCACCGACGACCAGUUCAACAAGGAGUACCGCUACAAUGUGCGCCACGUCUACGGCGACGUGGGCGGCGACUCAAACCGUCGCGGUGGCGGCUACUCGCCUUACUCGUGCCAAAAGAUCCUUACCGAGCACCCGCCUGGCCCCGGCGAGGCGCACGGCUGCCCGUACCGCCACUUUAACAUGGAGAACCUGUCAGUGCUGGUACAGGCUAUGGGCGUCAACGACCGCGCUGUUAUGCAGGGCAUCAAGGAGGAUAAGGAGAGCCAGAAGUACCACAUGGCUUGCAACAGAGUAUUCGAGCACUUGAACAAGGCAGAGAUCAAAAGGGCCAAGGAUGAGGGCGUUCUCACAGCCAACCAGCUGGAAACCAUUGUCCACCCCAACGAAUACUUUAAGCGCAGCUAUCUGCUCAAGAACCUCAGCCAGGAAACAGCGGACGUCAAGAUGGAAGCCUCGUAGGCGCUUUGGACUGGCAUACUAGGUAAUUGUUUUUGUAUAUUGGAUCCAUGGCGCAUGGCGUUGGUAUUUUUACGCAGAUAUGAAUAUCCCUUUUCCUUUCAUCGUUUGAAUCUGUAGCUGUGCUCGUUUAUUUGCAUACGUUUCGUCUCGUCCUAAACUACACGCCCCUCGCGAUGCACAACCACGUCAGAGGCGUACAGGUGCAGAAACAUGCAGGGUUUAUUAUAGAACAUCUCCGAC